AUGGCCGAGGCCCCCCCGCGCCGGCCCGGCCUGGCCCCCCCGCCCGGGGACGCCCCCCGCGCCGAGCUGGUGGCGCUCACGGCCGUGCAGAGCGAGCGGGGCGAGGCGGGCGGGGGCGGCUCCCCGCGCCGCCUGGGCCUCCUGGGCAGCCCCCUGCCGCCGGGCGCGCCCCUCCCGGGGCCGGGCUCGGGCUCGGGCUCCGCCUGCGGCCAGCGCUCCUCGGCCGCGCACAAGCGCUACCGCCGCCUGCAGAACUGGGUGUACAACGUGCUGGAGCGACCCCGCGGCUGGGCCUUCGUCUACCACGUCUUCAUAUUUCUGCUGGUCUUCAGCUGCCUGGUGCUGUCCGUGCUGUCCACGAUCCAGGAGCACCAGGAACUUGCCAACGAAUGUCUCCUCAUCUUGGAAUUCGUGAUGAUCGUGGUGUUUGGCCUGGAGUACAUCAUCCGCGUCUGGUCAGCGGGAUGCUGCUGCCGCUACCGAGGAUGGCAGGGCCGCUUCCGCUUUGCCAGAAAGCCCUUCUGUGUCAUCGACUUCAUCGUGUUCGUGGCCUCGGUGGCUGUCAUCGCCGCGGGCACGCAGGGCAACAUCUUCGCCACGUCUGCACUGCGCAGCAUGCGCUUCCUGCAGAUCCUGCGCAUGGUGCGCAUGGACCGGCGCGGGGGCACCUGGAAGCUGCUGGGCUCGGUGGUCUAUGCGCACAGCAAGGAGCUGAUCACCGCCUGGUACAUCGGGUUCCUGGUGCUCAUCUUUGCCUCCUUCCUGGUCUACCUGGCCGAGAAGGACGCCAACUCCGACUUCUCCUCCUACGCCGACUCGCUCUGGUGGGGGACGAUCACACUGACGACCAUUGGCUAUGGUGACAAGACACCGCACACGUGGCUGGGCAGGGUCCUGGCCGCCGGCUUUGCCUUACUAGGCAUCUCCUUCUUUGCCUUGCCUGCUGGCAUCCUUGGCUCUGGCUUUGCCCUGAAGGUGCAGGAGCAGCACCGUCAGAAGCACUUCGAGAAGAGGAGGAUGCCUGCAGCCAACCUCAUCCAGGCCGCGUGGCGCCUGUACUCCACCGACACGAGCCGGGCCUACCUGACAGCCACCUGGUACUACUAUGACAGUAUCCUGCCAUCGUUCAGAGAGCUGGCCCUCUUGUUUGAGCACGUGCAACGGGCCCGCAAUGGGGGCCUACGGCCCCUGGAGGUGCGGCGGGCGCCGGUACCCGAUGGAGCGCCCUCCCGUUACCCGCCCGUUGCUACCUGCCACCGGCCGGGCAGCGCCUCCUUCUGCCCUGGGGAAAGCAGCCGGAUGGGCAUCAAGGACCGCAUCCGCAUGGGCAGCUCUCAGCGACGGACGGGCCCCUCCAAGCAGCACCUGGCACCUCCGCCAAUGCCCACCUCCCCAAGCAGCGAGCAGGUGGGCGAGGCCGCCAGCCCCACCAAGGUGCAAAAGAGCUGGAGCUUCAAUGAUCGCACCCGCUUCCGGGCCUCCCUGAGACUCAAACCCCGCACCUCAGCCGAGGAGGGCCCCUCGGAGGAAGUGGCGGAAGAGAAGAGCUACCAGUGUGAGCUCACAGUGGACGACGUCAUGCCCGCUGUGAAGACGGUCAUCCGCUCCGUCAGGAUCCUGAAAUUCCUGGUGGCCAAAAGGAAAUUCAAGGAGACGCUGCGACCAUACGACGUGAAGGACGUCAUCGAGCAGUACUCGGCGGGGCACCUGGACAUGCUGGGCCGGAUCAAGAGCCUGCAGGCUCGGGUGGACCAGAUUGUGGGCCGGGGGCCCGGGGACCGGAAGGCCCGAGAGAAGGGAGACAAGGGGCCCUCCGACACGGAGGCGGUGGAUGAGAUCAGCAUGAUGGGACGCGUGGUCAAGGUGGAGAAGCAGGUGCAGUCCAUCGAGCACAAGCUGGACCUGCUGCUGGGCUUCUACUCGCGCUGCCUGCGCUCCGGCACGUCGGCCAGCCUGGGCACCGUGCAGGUGCCGCUCUUCGACCCCGACAUCACCUCCGACUACCACAGCCCCGUGGACCACGAGGACAUCUCCGUCUCCGCGCAGACGCUCAGCAUCUCCCGCUCGGUCAGCACCAACAUGGACUGAGGGGCUUCUCAGGGGCGGGGCAGCACACGGCCGGCCCUCGGAGGCCCCGGACUCCUCUCUUACUUGAACUUGCUCCCGUGCGGGGAGGGAGGCCACACGCAGUAUUGAGCUGCCUGGGUGGGCGCGAUACCCGGCGUGGGGGUGCCAGCGACCUGCCCCACCUCAGGAGCGCGAGAUGUCCGGCCCCCCAGAGCCCCACCCGUUCCAUCGAGGCCCCGCAUGGCCCGCCGGGCAGGGGCCGUGUCCCGGGAGUGGGAGUGGGGCGCUGGGGUCCUGGGCCCCGACCCAGCUUCCAGCUAUGCAAGGUGAGGUCUCCGGCCCGCCAUUCGGACAGAGCAGGGAAACCCUCCCGCCAAGUCCCCGCCCCACUUGGGGUGGGCCCAAGGUGCCCAGGGGUACCUCUAAGCAUAGAACCCUGCCGCGAGGCAGUUGGGCACCAUAUAUGCAAACUAUGUUAAAUAUGCAACUUUGGGGACCCCCAUGGGGUCCCUCUGCCCCUCCCUCAUUGGGAGAUGGGCCCCAGCAAUAGCUGGUCUCAGGCUGCUUGGCCAUGACCCCCAUCCUUGUUCUUUGGCUUACCACCGGCUCCUCACCCAGCAUGGGGCCUGUUUCUCCCUUGCCUCCCCAAGGGCAGCGCAUGGGCCUUUCUUCCCAUUGGGAGGUAUCCCCUCCCAGGGGCUCCUUCCUCCUGCUGGAUGUCCACUCCCCUCCUUGGCCCUCCAGACACCUUGGUCAGCACAGGUUUCUGUAUUGGCCUCCAAAUCUCCCAUGGACAGUGCUCCUGUGGUCACACAAAGUUUCCCCGAACAUGCGGAAAGCCUCUCCUACUCACUGACACACACAAUCACACACACUUGGAGACACGAGCACACAGCCAUUCAGCCUUUCUUGGGCCUCUGCAGCUGAUGCCAAGGGACAGAGGAAGCCUGCCGUUCCAUCUGAGUAGGAGAGGGAGCUCUGAAGUGACCCCAGGCCUCACCUCAGAGUUUUACUAGCUCCCGUUUCUCAAGAUCUACUUCUCACUGGUUCAAGAGCCCUAACUGCUGCUUCUGCUGCCCCCAAAGGUCCUCCUACAGCACAACUCAGGCCUAGGCCUCUCCUGCCUGGAAGGCACUGGAAAGACCCAGGCCCUUCCCCGGGGUGGUUGUCAGGCCUGCUUCCACUAGACUUGCCCCCUUCCUCGUCCGUCUCAGCCCCUGAGAGAAUACUAAUGCAUUUAGCAACUCCUAUUUGUUGGGCACCAGCUGUGCCUUUGGCACUCGCAGGCACCGUUUCCCUCCUUCUGCACCUCACUCUUCACUUCAGUUGGCAGCCCCCCAAUACUGGCAUUAAGUCCCCCCCUCCAUGCCAGGCCCUCAGCACAUCUGAGGGCAUCCCUACCUUUCUGUCCCUCUUUUUGCAAAGCCAAUGCAGGGAGCAGGAGGGUGAUGGGUAGUGGACCGAUGGUGACCCUCUGUGGGGUACCAGGGAACCAGGGGCUCAGGCCCAGCCACCUGCAUCUCAUGACUGGGGACCUGCAUGCACCAGCUCCAGGGCUGGGGCUGGAUCUUGCUCAGCCCCAUGGUGCCCAGCCUCUGCCCCCACAUACCCUCUGCAUGUGACCAUCAUACCCUGGAUGGAGCCUGUCCUGGCUCACUUCACCUGCACUGCACUGUCCCCAGAGAGCCACCCCCUAUCCCCUCAGAGACAGAGCUGUGGAGAGGGGCAGGAGAAUGGGAUCACCCUAUGACCAAAGGAGAUUUGGGAUGAAGCCCUCCCUCCUUCCACGAUCGAGGUUCCCCCACCAACCCUGUUCUCGGAUAUGCAAGUACCUCACUUUGUUAACUUAUUAACUUAUUGGUUUCAUUAAACUUUUCAGUAGGA